AUGAAAUUUCUAAGCAUAAUUUGUUUUGCCAUAGUAUUGGUUUUUGUGGCGGCAGAAGAUCCAGCACCAGCAACAGCACCAACUGCCACUGGUCCUGCUGAUCCACCACCUGCAACUGGAACAACUCCAACUGAUCCAUCUCCAGCUAAUCCAACCCCCGAGGGAUCAUCUCCAACACCAGCAAAUCCAACUCCUUCUCCUACUCCCGCCCCAAAUGGUGACAGUCCCAGUACCGUAGCACCUGCUCCCAACAAGAAACCCACAGCCACCACUAAGAAACCUGCAGCCACCACUAAGAAACCUGCAGCUAACAAGAAACCCACCAACAACAAUAAGAAACCUGGCAAUAAAAAACCCAAUAAGAAGCCAGCAAAGAAUAAUAAUAAAAAAGGAAACAAGAAACAAAAGAACAAGAAGCAGAAAAAUAAGAGACCUGCCAAAAAAGGAAAUAAGAAAGGCAAUAAGGGCAAAAAUAAGAAACAGAAUCAAAACAAGAAGAAGAAUAAUGCAAAGAAACAGGCUAACAAGCGUAAUUAA